ACUCACAAUAAAAUAGAGAAAUAUUUUUUGGUAAAAUGCGGGCAAAUCGCGUAUCGGCUCUAAUUAUGCUCUCACUGGCAGUCGCAUUCAAUGUGUUUCCGUUGCUUGCGUUGGCACAGAACAGUCAAGCGAGUUCAAAGUAUCCUUGCGCUUUUAUCGAUACCGUCAACAUAACUGGCAGCUAUCCUCAUGAGCAAUACGGCAUUGGGAACAAUUCAAACGCUCAGCACAUCAAUAAUUCUUACAUUUAUGAAUGGAUGAUUAUACCGCCCGAGUUGGUAGCUGUCUAUGACUUCAUCAUUAAAAACGGUAUACGUGUGCAAACAGAACGGCAUUUACGCGCCUGUGUCUGUAAACUUAAGCCCUGUAUACGAUUUUGUUGUUCGCAAGGUUUCUUCUAUAGCCUUGAAAAUAAAAGUUGUUCACCGAUUUCAUCGAUAGUCGACAAUUUUGUGGAUCAAGACUUUAUGGAGAUACGUUUUACAAACGGCUCGAUUGGUACGAUAUCGACAUCAGGGCAUUUUCUUGUGCAUCAUGGAACACCUUGCGAACACAUGCGUACUAUUACGAAAGACAAUCAUUAUGUCCAUUGGACAUUGCAUGAAAAUGGCACAAUCGCUUAUAAAAAUCAUUUAUUCUCGAAGCAUUAUUGCUUUAGUGCUUUUCCCGAAUCCAAUAAAGACAAUGAGAUGGACUGGCAGUGGCAACCGUUGGCUUGUGUACCGGAGCGCUUACCAUUCAUACUAGGUGUACGUGAAUGGACUUAUGCCAUAUGUCUCAUUAUCACAGUCAUUUGCAUGAUCAUCAUAUUAUUCGUUUAUUUAUUAUGCACAGAUCUACGCAAUACAUUCUAUGGAGUGGCCAUAAAAUCUUAUACAUUAUGUAUUAUAGUUGGUUACUCAUUGCUGGCCCAUUUAACUCUCACCAAUCCAGCUAAUAUGUCGAAAUAUGCUUGCUCGAAAAUACCCAGCUUUGCUUUAUUAUAUCUGGUGCUAUCGUUUUAUAUCUUAAGCUUCAUUAGCUUCAAUUUCUAUUUAAGUUUCUUUGGCAUCAUUCUAAGCAAUUUAAUGUUUUGGUUCAUAUUCUUCCCGAUUGUCAUCAUAGCCGCCUGUUGGUCGUUUUUUGUUAGCUUCGAUCUGUAUAAUAAUCGACCGGUAUUCGGUAAUGAAAUUUGUUGGUUUGAUCCUCGCAACUGGUCGAUUUUGGUGUAUUUAUAUGUACCGAUAUUGUUAUCUUGCGUAUUCAGCGGCAUAUUUUAUAUACUUUCGUUGAUAAAAUUGAGUGACGGACCAGACAUUGAUGUCAACAAACUAAUGGCCAGUGUUUCACGUAAUCGCUUUAAAUCGUUUUGGAAAUUUUUUGGUUACACUUUAUCCACUUGGCUGGUGUGCAUGUGUUCGUUUGCAAUCAAUUGUUAUCGCGGUGAGAGGACGCAUAUCAACUACGUGGUUUGUUUAUUCAUUGCCAUUCAUGGUUUCGGUUCUCUGUAUGCCUUGGUUGGUAAAAAUCAGCAAAUACAAAAUUUUUUACGCAAAAUCGAAGAGGAAAUCGAUUCCGAUGAAAUUGCAGAAAUCUCAAUGCCAAUGUCGAAUUUUUGAGGCAAUGUGUAUCGAUCCAAAUUGCGUUGAUUAGUUGUAGAU